AUGUGUGGAAAAGGCACAAUGCAGUCUCCGAUUGAUCUAACGGACAAAAGGGUCCUAAUUGAUCAUCAUCUUGGAUCACUUCAUAGCCACUAUUUACCUUCCAAUGCCACCAUUAAGAACAGAGGCCAUGACAUCAUGUUGAAAUUUGAAGGAGGAAAUGCAGGUUUGGGGAUCACUAUUAACGGUACUGAGUAUCAACUUCAACAGAUUCAUUGGCACUCUCCUUCAGAACACACGAUCAAUGGCAAAAGGUUUUUUCUAGAGGAACACAUGGUUCAUCAGAGCAAAGAUGGACGCAACGCUGUUGUGGCUUUCUUUUACAAAUUGGGAAGACCUGACCAUUGUCUCCUUUCGGUAACUGCAAUCUCAUAA